AUGAAAGUCGUCAGCAGGAAGUACAGGCAGCACUUCCCUGAGAUCCUCAGUACAGCCCUUGAGCGCAUGGAGCUGGUCUUUGGCCUGGAGAUGAAGGAAGUCGACCGUAGCAGGAACAUCUACACCCUCAUCAGCAAGCUCAACCUCGGGGGAAACGAUUGUCCGAGUGGUGAGGGGGAGCUGCCCAAGUCCGGUCUCCUCAUGGUGCUCCUGGGGGUCAUCUUCAUGAAUGGUAACUGCGCCACCGAGGAGGAGGUCUGGGAAUUCCUCAGUAUGUUGGGGAUCUAUGCUGGGAGGAGGCACUGGAUCUUUGGGGAGCCCAGAAGGCUCAUCACCAAAGAUCUGGUGCAGAAGGAGUACCUGAACUACUGCCAGGUGCCCAAUAGUGAUCCUCUGCACUAUGAGUUCCUGUGGGGCCUGAGAGCUUGUGCUGAGACCAGUAAGAUGAAGGUACUGGAGGUUCUAGCCAAGUUCCACGGUAGGGUCCCUAGUUCCUUCUCAGACCUCUAUGAGGAGGCUCUGAGAGAUCAGGCGGGGAGAGCAGGGCUGAGAGGUGAGGCCAGGGCUCCACCCAUGGCUGAGGCUAGUGCCCCUUCCAGGGCCAAGUCCUGCAGCUCCUCCCACAUCUAG